AUGCCGUGGUUCCGAAUCGGUUCAGGAAACUAUGAUGGAGCACUCGGAGGCACUACAUCGCAUUAUAUGUCACAAUGUGGCGUCUCAAAAGGUGGAUUCCAAGCCAAGAGCAGCGUGCCAGCCCACAGGGACGAUUUGAACCUGGGUGCCACUGACGCCGAGGAUGGAGAUGUAGCGGAAGACUCGGAACUUGAAAUACAAAGGUUCAUAGAGGCCUGCGGCGGAUGGGGAUCCGAUGAAGAUUACUAUAGUGAUACAAAUGCUGAAUUGCAGAACACGGUGGAUUCUGAAUCGGAAAGCUACCAUGAGUUACUCGAUGGAAGCGACGAACACCCCGACGCUCCUGAUGAAACUUCCCCAGAUGCAGUGAUACCGUCCGCAGUUCGUCCCCAGGAUGUAUUUGGUGGUGAACCAUAUGCAGCUGAUAGUACGAACGAAGGUGCGGUGGCAAGCAGGAGUGGGACCCAGGACCAAGAGCUGUCAUACACAACUCCACCUGACGAAGAAGAUGCUAGUGAUGACAGCGAACCUGUGCCAUUCCGCUUAAUUACGGCCGAAGACAAGGUGAAGAAUUUGCUGUCGCAGCGUUUGUACGUCAAAAAGCUCUUCAGGCGCAUACCGCAGAUCGGAGACACCACCAGUGUACUAGUCAGGUCGAAGGCACAUGUGAAGGGAAAAGUUGGCUCGCGUAGUGAGCUGGCGAUGGGCAACGCAAAUAAAAUCAAAACUGUCGACACGCCGGAGGAGCCUGUGUAUGACGGAAAGCCGCUGUACGCUGGCGUAUACAACGGACUCACGCCGCAAAAACAUACCAAAAAGAGGGUACUCAGAGAAAUCAAGGUCAAAGUAGAUUGGUACGCGCACAGCAUCACGCACCAAAUCAAAAAUGUCACCACAUUUUAUGAGCAACUACUCCGGUAUAUACAUCCCUUCCAGUACCAAAUGCUCAUGACCGCGAUUUACGAGCUGCACCACACAAGGCAGAUCAAACUGCCGUUUGACCAGCUCAUGGAGGCGCUAAAGGCGCUCAAGACAAACAUAGUCACACGGGCGAACAACUUCAACUCGAAAAUCGGAAGCAUCAAAAAGUGCAGAGAGGCGUUCGCUCUGGCCAAGGCGUUCAUACUGCAGCUGGACGAAGCGUACAAGGAGGCGGAGCCGUACAUCAACAUCUACCGCAAGUUCGCCACCCAGUUCAGAAAGCUGCCUAUCAUUAACAACGCGAAGCCUGUGGUGGCCGUCGUGGGAUACGUCAAUGUCGGGAAGAGCACGCUUUUCCAGAAGUUGUGCAACCUGCCCAUGCCCACCGUCACGAGCAUCGACGUUGAAGAGGAGCUGCCCAACCCACUGGGGCUUAUAUCGGACGUGCUGGGGCUAAAGUGGCAGGAAAACAGUGCGCCUCCAGUCAAAGUGUCCCAAAAGGAGGUCAAGAUCGCAGACUACAACUUCACCACCAAGUCGCUCAAUCUGGCCAACGUCCAGUACAGGGUCGACAACUUCAUCGACGAAGGGCAACUCUUGGACACGCCGGGGUUGUUGUGGCGCGACAAACCCAAAACGAACCCCUACGAAAAACUUACGGUACGUUUUACACCACAUGAGAGUCAUGAUCCUCAGUAUGCCACGCUCAAGGACCUGCCGUCGGGGGUCAUAUACUGCUUCGAUGUUUCCGACAAGACGAAGCUAGACAACCAGAUUAAGCUAUAUCGCACGCUUGAAGCGCGGUUCCCGCACAGGCCAUGGAUCAACGUCAUCAGCAAAGGACACGACUCUCAACUCCUGGCGGAUGAGGUAAGAGCCCAUGUUGCGUUUCAACCUCACCGCAUGCAGGGAAUCGAUGUAAUACCAGAGGGCCAAGUGCUGGAGAGGCUGUACUCCAUGUUCGACACCCUCGAUGGGUUGCUAAGAAUGCAACGCGAUGCCCCAACAGCAGCCAACGAACCGUAA